GUGCCACUCCCAGGAGAGUUUGUCCUGGGAGAGCAAAUGUCCCUUCCGUCUUGUGCCUGUCCAGGGAUGGGCCGCAAGCGGGCGGCACCGGAGGCGGGUGACCGGGAGCUGGAGCUGCGCUGGGAGUGGCAGGAUGCUGCGGGCACUUGGCAUUGGUACUCCCCGGAGCAGAGCAGGGUGCUCACGCAGGCGGCCAGGGCCAGGAAGCCCAGCGUGGAUGUUGGGGCCUGCGUGGACCUGAGAAGGAUGGUGCAACAGGACACACAGACGGGGCAGGACAGACCCGUGGCAGCUGCUGUCCGGGACCAGGACUCGUACUUCAUCUGGCAGUGGCAGGGCGAUGAGGAGGGGGACUGGCUCCCCUACCCUGCUGAUACCUGCUUAGCUCUGGAGCGGGUGCGACGUGGGGAGGGGGAGCCAACCUUGCAGAUGACUGUUGGCCGGACCCGCUACGCGCUGGACACAGCCCAGAUGACCCAGACCAACUUGAGAACCAGGUAUCAACGCAAGAUGGACCGCAGGGAGUCAGAUGCAGUGGUUGAUAGUAAGGAAUCUCAAGCGAGCUACACUCCCAGCUCCACAGCCCUCCAAGAGGCUCAAGCACUGAAGAGGUCCCGCGGUGGGGGGUCCAUCCCAGACCCAGUGGCUAAAGAAGUUGAUGGGGGAGAGGUCAAAGAGGCCGUUAAGACCCUAGUAGUGAAGGGGAAAGCACCAGUGGAUCCCGAGUGCUCUGCUAAGCUUGGGAAGGCUCAUGUGUACUGUGAGGGGGACGACGUCUAUGAUGUGAUGCUGAACCAGACGAAUCUCCAGUUCAACAACAACAAGUUCUACAUCAUCCAGCUCCUGGAGGAUGAUGGGCAGCGGAGCUACAGUGUCUGGAUGCGGUGGGGGCGCGUGGGGCGUCCAGGCCAGCACACACUGGUAUCCUGCGCUGGGGAUCUUGACAAAGCCAAGGAAGUCUUCACCAAGAAGUUUCUGGAUAAGACGAAGAACAGCUGGCCCAGUCGGGGCAGCUUCCAGAAGGUGCCAGGCAAAUACGACCUGCUGCAUAUGGACUACCAGGCCCACGGUCCAGAUAAGGAAAGCCGCCCUGAGAAGGUAAUGUCCCAACCCAAACCAGCCUCCCGACUUGACCCCCGCGUGCAGGCACUGGUGGAGCUCAUCUGUAACAUCCAGACCAUGGAGGAGAUGGUGAUUGAGAUGAAGUAUGACACUAGGAAGGCCCCAUUGGGGAAGUUGACAGCAGAGCAGAUCCGGGCUGGGUACCGCUCGCUGCAGAAGGUGGAGGCGUGUCUGCAAGAGGGAAGCGCUGGCCGGGCCCUGCUGGACGCCUGCAACGAAUUCUACACCCGAAUCCCGCACGACUUUGGGCUCCGAACGCCCCCAAUGAUCCGGACGAAGCAGGAGCUGCAGGAAAAGAUGCAGCUGCUGGAGGCCCUGGGCGAGAUUGAAAUUGCUAUCAAACUAGUGUGCUCAGAGAGGCAGGACCAUGAGCACCCACUGGACCAGCACUACCACCAACUGGGCUGCGAGUUGUGUGCCCUGGACAGGGACACCCAUGAUUUCCAGGUGCUGGAGCAGUACCUGCUGACCACCCAUGCACCCACCCACCGCGACUACUCCAUGGAGCUGCUGGAGGCCUUUGCCCUGCGCCGCCCGUCUGAGGAGACGACUUUCCGCACUGACCUUCCCAACAGGGUGUUGCUGUGGCAUGGCUCCCGGCUGGGCAACUGGAUGGGCAUCCUGAGCCAGGGGCUGCGAAUCGCACCCCCAGAGGCUCCUAUGACUGGCUACAUGUUCGGGAGAGGCAUCUACUUUGCUGACAUGUCCUCCAAGAGUGCCAACUACUGCUUUGCUUCCCGUCAGAAGGAUGUGGGGCUCCUGCUGCUGUCAGAGGUGGCCUUGGGUGAGUGCAAUGAGCUGUUGGAGGCUAAUGCUGAUGCCCAGAAGCUCUUGAACGGGAAACACAGCACCAAGGGGAUGGGGAAGAUGGCUCCUGCUAACCUCACCAAGCUGGAUGGCACCGUGGUCCCUCUAGGACCCGCUGUGGACACCGGAGUGGUGAACCCCCAUGGCUACACCCUGAACUACAAUGAAUUCAUCAUCUAUGACCCGUGCCAGGUGCGCAUGCGCUACCUGCUCAAGGUGCGCUUCAACUUCACGCAGCUGUGGUAAGGCAGACAGUGCCCAGGCCCAUCCUCCAUCAUGGAGGAGUCAGGAUGACAGCUGCCCUCCUGCUUUCAGCUUUCACACUACACAGAGGAGGACUUUCUGAACUUUUAUCUGUGCUAUUUUCUCACCGCAGCAGGAGGGCAACCAAAGUAAACAAGUGGUUUUUACACCAGUAGUGGUUUAUUUGCAAUGACUAGUUUCCAAUCAUUUCACAUUUAUAAUAAAUUUAAUAGUGACAGAGCAAA